AAGCGCGGCCAUUGUCCCGCGGGCGGAUGCUUGCUGUCGCCCCGCAACUCGGCCCUUCGGAGUUAUCCCCGGGCGGCCUGGCGGAUGCCGACUGGGGGAUGGAGCCGAACUAGCCUAGCCUGAAUCGGUCGUGUUGCAGAAUCGGAGCAGGGCGUGGCUUAACCCGAGUUCGUCCUGCCGCAGAGCCGUGACGUGCCCUGAGGCGGUGACAGGCCCAGCCUGGGCUGCGGGGCCCGCGGACGCCCAGGUUGGUGGGGGGUGGGGGGGGCGAGGCAGCGCUUGGUGUCCGAGGCGCGCAUGCGCAGGGUCUAGGCGGGAAGCUGGAAGCCCGGUGCAGCUCAGGACUUAGCACUCUGCUGUGCCUGCAGGAGAGCAUGGAAGAGCAGGAUGAGAAGCCCCCAGGAUCCCCGAAGACCUGCCCGCAGGACUCCCUUCUUCCUCAAGAGAUUAUCAUCAAGGUUGAGGGAGAAGAUGCUGGUUCACUCGCUGUCCCAUCCAAGGAAGGAGUAAACUUCAAAAUUGUGACUGUGGACUUCACUCAGGAGGAACAGAAUACUUGGAACCAUGCUCAAAGGACCCUGGACAGAGAUUUGAUUCUGGAGAACCACAGGGACUUGGUCUCUUGGGACUUGGCAACUGCCCUUGGAAAAAGAGAAUCACCUUCAAACUGGAGCACUUUUGAUGAAGAGCCAUCUCAUGGAGUGAAGAUAGAAAGGUUUUCAAGGAAUGAUCCUUGGUUAUCUUCAUGUGAAGAAGUUUGUGAUUGUAAGGACCAGCUAGAGAAGCAACAGGAAAAACAAGAGAGACUUUUGCAGGAAGUAGCAUUCACUCAAAGGAAAGCUGUUAUUCAUGAGAGAGUCUGCAAAAGCAAUGAACUUGAGGAGAAGAGUGGUCUGAAUUCCAGUCUUCUUUCACCCCCAAUGGUACCUAUAAGAAACCUCUGUAGUAAACAUGUAUCACAUGUUAGGAAAUUAUGUCAUAAUUCUGUUGUAAACAGUUAUCAGAAGAUUAAUGACUGUGAGAAACAAUGUGAAAAUAAUGAAUAUGGGAAACCCCCUCAGAGCAUUCACCUUAUUCACUUUACAAGAACUCAAACAAAAGAUAAAUCCUAUGGAUUAAGUGACAAUAUUCAAUCUUUUAGCCAUAGUCCACCCUUAAAUAUACAUGAAAAAUUUCAUACAGAAGGAAAAACUUUUGAUUUUAAGGAAUGUGCACAAGUCUUGAACCACAACAUGUCCCAUAAUGAACAACAGAGAAUUUCUGUUGAAGAGAGUCAAUAUAAAUGUAGUAAGACCCCUAAGAGUUCCUCCCUUACUCAAAACAUGAGAAAUCAUUCUGAAGAGAAACCUUUUGAAUGUAAUCAAUGUGGGAAAUCCUUCAGCUGGAGCUCACAUCUUGUUGCACAUCAGAGAACUCAUACAGGGGAGAAACCUUACGAAUGUAAUGAAUGUGGAAAGUCCUUCAGCCGGAGCUCACACCUUGUUUCCCAUCAAAGAACUCAUACUGGAGAGAAACCUUAUAGAUGUAAUCAGUGUGGAAAAUCCUUUAGCCAGAGUUAUGUCCUUGUUGUGCAUCAGAGAACUCACACUGGAGAGAAGCCUUAUGAAUGCAAUCAAUGUGGAAAGUCAUUUAGGCAGAGCUACAAACUUAUUGCACAUCAACGAACUCAUACCGGAGAGAAGCCCUAUGAAUGCAACCAAUGUGGGAAAUCAUUUAUCCAGAGCUAUAAGCUUAUUGCACAUCAAAGAAUUCAUACUGGAGAAAAACCCUAUGAAUGCGAUCAAUGUGGGAAAUCCUUUAGUCAAAGCUACAAACUUGUUGCUCAUCAGAGAACUCACACAGGAGAAAAACCCUUUGAAUGUAAUCAGUGUGGAAAAUCCUUCAGCUGGAGCUCUCAGCUUGUUGCACAUCAAAGAACUCACACUGGAGAGAAACCCUAUGAAUGUAAUGAGUGUGGAAAGUCUUUCAACCGUAGUUCUCACCUUGUUAUGCAUCAGAGAACUCACACAGGAGAAAAACCCUAUGAAUGUAAUCAGUGUGGGAAAUCCUUCAGCCAGAGUUAUGUUCUUGUUGUACAUCAAAGAACUCAUACUGGAGAAAAACCCUAUGAAUGCAGUCAAUGUGGGAAAUCAUUCAGGCAGAGUUCAUGCCUUACUCAACAUCAGAGAACUCAUACUGGAGAGAAACCCUAUGAAUGUAAUCAGUGUGGAAAAACGUUUAGCUUGAGUGCUCGACUUAUUGUACAUCAAAGAACUCAUACUGGAGAGAAACCCUUUACAUGUAAUCAGUGUGGGAAAGCUUUCAUUAAUAGCUCUAAACUUAUUAGGCAUCAGUCAACUCAUACUGAAGAGAAACCCUAUGAAUGUUAACUAGUUUGGAAAUCUUUCAGCCAGAGUUAUUCCUUUUUCUUUCAUCAUUAAAGUGUUUUGUAAGAAAGUAUAUGUAGUGGGAAGAGCUAGUUUAAAAACAAUGUAUGUGGGAAAACUUGCAAUUAGCUCUCUGUUAUUAUGUGUCUAGAAAUUCAUUCUGAAGAAAAAAGGAGAAAAUCUAUAAUAAUCUAGAUAUUUUAACUUAGCAGUUCCACCUACAAAAUUAAACUUGGCCCUUAUGACAUAUUUCUACAAAAGUAAUAAAUAUUGGCACUUUUCCUUUCAGAAACACUCAGACCUGAAUCUGAGAGAAAACCAUAUGCUGAAGAGUAACCGCCAGGGAGGUAGACAAAAGAGUAAACUAGAAUGCUAACACUAAUAGGCUUGUUGUUGAAAAGAUUGCUGUAGUUUUUAGAACUUAGGCUGGGAAACAAUAUUUCAUUGUAUCAUUUUACUACAUGAUUUCCCCGUUAGGUAGUUGGUAAUCUGUUUCAUACAGCACUUUGUUACAUGUGAAGAUUUUUAUAAAAAUUAGGAAGAUGCUAUGAUAUGAAGUGAAAAAUGCAGGCAAGUAUAUAGAAGGAAUAUUUAUUUCUAGAAUCAUUACAAUGAAAUAUUUGUGUAUGGAUUAGAAUUGAAAGGGUUUAUGGGAGUAUCAAUUUAAUUUUGGGUGUUUAUGUUGUGCUUUCUUCUUUUUUGGAAUGUAUGCUGUUUUGCUAUAAUGAUAUACUGAGUGAAAACUAGUAAAUAAAUAAAUAAAUUAAUUAAUUAAUUAAA